UUUAUUGAGAGUUUAGAAUACAGAAGAGUUAUAUUGUGAGGAUGGACUAAGUUGGUCGACGGGCCACUGAGUGUACAAUUUUAUCUAAACAUUCUGCGAGAAAGUCUGUAGAAUAAAAAAAAAAAGUCAAGAUGGGUCGCCGUUCAAUCAACACCACUAAAAGUGGUAAAUACAUGAAUCCAACCGAUCAAGCAAGAAAGGAAGCACGUAAAAAGGAACUGAAGAAAAACAAGAAACAACGGCAGAUGGUGAGGGCAGCCGUGUUGAAAGGAAAAGACCCAGCACAAUUGAUUGAGGAAAUGGAGAAAAUCGAUGAAAUGGAAUAUAACGUCUACCAACCAUCACCGCUCAACGAGAAAGUGUUACGCGAAAAGCGAAAGAAAUUGAAGGAGACCUUUGAUCGUGUGAUGCGGCUAUACCACAACGAUGAUCCGGAACUGUGGGCCGAAUUGAAGAGGAAAGAGGUGGAGUAUGAAAAGCGCCGAAACAAGAAAGUUCAGUAUUUCGAAAGCGUUAAGCAUGCUCAGACCGUUCAAGUAGACGAAAUUCCACUGCCUCAGAUGACGUCUGAAACGCCAGCCAACAUCUACAAUAUGCCUGGACGAAUACCCUUACCAUCUUUACCGCUGCCUCCAUUCGUCCUACCUCCUGCAACAGCAGCGACUAAAAAACCAGUUGAAUUACCAAAAGAACCUGAAAAACGGCCAGAAGUUAAGAAAAAAGAACCACCCGGUUGUCCUCCAGGACCACCACCCGAUCUGAUGGAGAUGCGCGAAUUCGAUUCAGACUACGAGUCCGAAGAAGAGGAACCUAAAUCGAAAAAACUGAAAUCAGUUCGACAUGAGGACGCACCUAUUCGGAAGGAUGAUGAAAAAGAUGAAGAUCUUUCGGUGAAACAACCCACAUCGCUGCAACAGCGUAUGUUAGCCAUAUCGGGUCAGAACAUUGAUGAAUUCAUGAAGGAGAUGGAAAAUGUUCAGAAGAAAAAGGAACAAGAACGAGCGGCUGACCUUCAAGAGCGACUUUCGACGCUAGAUAAAGAUAAAGAUUCGAGCGACAACAGUGAAUCUGAAAGUGAGUCGGAAUCUGAAGCUGAAAAAGAAGAAAGCGACGAGGACGAGGACGAAGAAGAUGAUGACGACGACGAUGUCGAACUGCCGAUUGUCAAAGAAACACUUCCACCAAUUCCUCAGUUUCCCACCACACAGCAGCCAAUCAAACUUCCAAGUGGUCCCCCACCUCCACCAGUUGGUAUGCCUCCAGCCAUGAUGUUUCGACCGCCGCCACUUCGACCAAAUAUGCAACCUCCAAUGGCCAUACGUAUGCCGCCAGGUCCUCCGCCAGUGCGACCAGGAAUGCCUCCAAUGCCACGAAUGGGCAUCAGAAUGCCUCCUGGACCACCGCCAGGAAUGCCUCCGAAUCGAAUGCAUCAUAACAAUCAUCACAAACCGCAUACGGGACCGAUUGGUAAUAUCCUGUCGGCUGGUCCACAAUUGACAAAAGAUACAAAGGGCAUGACAACGAUUACGGCGAAACCGCAGAUUAGAAACUUAAGCGCAGAUGUAACGCGAUUCGUUCCGUCAACACUGAGAGUGAAGCGUGACGACAAUAUAAAACAACAGCGCAGGCCCAAGCAGUACAUUACUGAAGUGAAACAACCAGAAGCAUCGAAAACAACAACUAAAGACGAUGCGUACAUGCAAUUUAUGAGAGAAAUGCAAGGUCUUAUAUGAAUACAAAACCUAACUGGAAUAAUGGAA